UCUCACUCUUUAAGGGAAAAGAUUGGAUUCCCACCUGUCCAUGCGUUAACUUUUGCGUCAAUGGUGAGUGGAGUGAAUACGUGAAUUGGCAGCGGGACUGUGGAGUCUGGGUUUUCUCUUGGUUUCGUGUUCGUGUCCUAUUUCGUUCUCUUUCAUUCGGCAUUCUCAAUUAUUCACUCACCGUUCAAUUCCCUUUUGCUGCAUUCCCAUUUUACCCUAAAUUUGUUUCACCAUUCCUAAUAUUUCGUCCCUAAAUCUUGACCCCUCCCUCUGCACGAGUCUCCGUAGUCAUCGUCCUUUUCUUCUUCUUCUACCUUCUUCCAUUCCCAACCCCACUCCCCUCCGUGGGCUCUCCUGAAGGAUAAGUCUUCUGGGAUUUUACCAGAAAUGGCGUCGAGUAUAGGCAUUAUGGACAGUGCCUAUUUUGUCGGUAGGAAUGAGAUUUUGAAUUGGAUCAACAAUAGACUUCAGCUGAAUCUCUCUCGCAUUGAGGAGGCUGCAUCUGGUGCUGUACAAUGCCAGAUGAUGGACUUGACAUAUCCAGGGGUUGUUCCAAUUCACAAGGUGAAUUUUGAUGCAAAAACAGAGUAUGAUAUGAUACAGAAUUACAAAAUUCUGCAGGAAACACUCAACAAGCUGAAAAUUGACAAGCAUAUUGAAGUUAACAGGCUUGUUAAAGGACGACCUUUGGACAACUUGGAGUUCUUGCAAUGGCUGAAACGCCACUGUGAUUCUGUGAAUGGUGGCAUUGUGAAUGAGAACUAUAAUCCUGUGGAGCGGAGGAACAAAGGUGGAAAAGACCGGACUAGGAGCUCUGUGAGGAACACAAAAUCACUGCAGACAAACAUCAUGAAUAAUCCUGCUUCAAGCAAUGCAUUCAAUUCUAAUAGAACUUCUGGGUCCAAACAGUUUCAGUCAAGUGAAGCAGCUUCUUCAGCAGAGAUUCAGGCUUUGUCAAAGGAGGUUACUGAUCUCAAACUUUCUGUGGAUCUCCUGGAAAAAGAAAGGGACUUCUACUUUGCAAAAUUGAGGGAUAUAGAAAUUCUUUGCCAGACUCCAGCACUAGAGAAUCUCCCUAUGUCUGUCGCAAUAAAGAAGAUUUUGUAUGCUGCUGAUGAAAAAGAAUCAGCAUUAGAAGAAGCGCAGGAUUAUCUUAACCAAAACUUGAAUAUUAAUGAUGCUGAAGAACAAGCAGAAGCUGAAGCCGACCCGGAAACUUGAUCAUCUUGGAGAAAUAGCUUAUCCUGAUGCCGUUUAACAUGCCUACUGCUGUUUUCAGUGACAUGAUGCCGCUGAUCCUUCUCGUGGUUAUCGAAGGGUGCUUUUGUUACCCUUGAAGGAGCUGGAUGGAUAAUGACAAAGCAAGCAAUAACUGUUCGUUCCAGCUAAGUUGUUAUCACCAUCCUUUUCUUCUACUGAAUAAGAUUGUAAGAACUUUCUGGCAACUGCAGUUUGAGAAGUGGAAGUGGUUAUAGGCUUAUAGCCAUAGUUGGGACUUGGGAGUAUCGUUUUGUAGGUCCUCUGUAAUCCCAGUGUUCUGAGUGGUUUUUUAUGUCUCGAAUAACAUGGUUACUGUAUUGUAUUUUGUCAGUUAUUUUAAUUUAUGAGAUCAACGUUGGCAUAUUAGUAGA